UCUUUUGUGGUCCGGCCAUGUACGGCCGUAUCCGUACAUCAACCUCCACUCACCAUGUGCACGCGUCAAAUGAGACAGAAUACCGUUACUGACACAUAGUGACGAGAGUUGUUUGUGAUUCUUCCCUGCCAUCAUCUGGAACUAGUCUGAACUCCCCUCUCCCUCCAGUCAGUCAGCCCACAGAAUGAGUCGGGACAGCCUUCCAUCACUGCUCCUCCUGCCCUUCCCUCCCGAACCGGCCACUCGGGUUGCACUCAAUGCUGCCUACAGGCCGGCCAUAGAAGCAGCGUUGCUCAAGCUCAGAAAUGCCUCCACUGCUCAGAAGCUCAUCGUCGCGGUGGCCUGCCCCGUGCUCAAGGGACCAGGCCUGAGGUGGAAGACCCUGUCAUGGCCCCAGGCUCAGUCACUACUCGCUGGUCUCUAUUCAAUCAUCGCCAUCGUCUGUGCUGAACAAGGUAUCCCCACAUACCUGAACGCUGGCCCUGGCUCCGUCGACGCCAGGGUCCUCCUCGUCGACCACACCAGGACCAGGCGUUAUGGAGAUGACUUCCGAGCCGCCGUCGAGUCCAACAACACUGCUGUUGUGGACUGGGCCACAUUCGCUUCCACCUACUAUCCCUGGAACUUCAUCUUCAAUGCUGACAGCGAGGUCGCGAACGAGAUAUACACCCUCUAUCUGAAGCUGGCCGAGAAGAAGCAGACACUACUCCAAGAUCAGCUCAUCACCGUCCCGGCCGGCGUGACCCUCAACGUACCGAGCCUGGAGGGCCCCCCCUCGCCGACGCCUGGGACGAUGCCGCAUGCGACCGUCUGCCUCGGCGGCACGUUCGACCACCUACACCCCGGCCACAAGCUGUUAUUGACGGCAGGGGCAUAUCUGCUGGAUAUCCCAGAGCCUAGUUCGUCCAACACUUGCAAGUACAUCAUUGGUAUCACCGGUGAUGAGCUCCUCAAGAACAAGAAAGACGCCGAGUUUCUCGAAUCCUGGGACGAUCGCGCUCGCAACGUCAUCCAUUUCCUUGCAUCCGUGCUGGAGCUGUCUCCUGCUGGCUGGGAGAAGGCCCCGGCACCGCACAUCUUGGAAAACGACGGUGAAUUCACUGCAACCUUCAGAGACAAGACCGUGACUAUUCAAUGCGUCAAAAUACAGGAUCCGUUCGGUCCCACCAUCACCCAAGAGGAUAUGGACGCCCUGGUCGUGUCGGCAGAGACGAGGUCAGGCGGGAAAGCAGUCAAUGACAAGAGGGUCGAGCAGGGGUGGAAGCCCCUCGAGGUUUUCGAAGUUGAUGUGCUCAAUGCCAAGGAGAUCACCGAGGACGUUGCGACAGCGACCGAGAACUUUGCAUCCAAGAUCAGCAGCACGGCGAUUAGGCAGGAAAUCGCCCGGGGUCCAGCACGUCAAUGACCGGAAGAUGAGGAGCGGUUCUCAAAUUGUUCAGUAGAGGAAUCAUGGUGAAAUAUACAACAGAUUCAAAGUAAGUACAGGGUGUAUAUAUCAUUGUCGCUGUCAUCAAUUCGUGAUCGCUCCCUCUUCCUCUCCCGUUCGGGCCUUCUCGUACCAGUCUCGGAAGCAAGGCAAAGUACACAUUCACACGGCCAAGACUCCUGUUGCGCCAACACUUCAAACAGCUACAGUCAACGCUCUGCGAUAGGCACAGAAAUCAUUUUUCUUCGUCAGCAUCACCGCCGUUCUUAGCUCCUCCUGCACCGCCUGCCCCUUCCGCCGCACCGGUAGCAGUCGCUGCCCCAGCUCCAGUCGCAGGGGUGGCAGGGGCCGCUUCUCCUGCUGGCUUCGCUGCCCCAGCCCCCGUAGCCUCUCCAGCUCCAGUCGCAGGGGUGGCAGGGGCGGCUCCUCCGGCUGGCUUCGCAGCUCCGGCCCCUUCAGUCGCUCCAGCUCCAGUCGCGGGGGCGGCGGGCGCUGCUCCUCCUGCUGGCUUCGCUGCUCCGGCCCCAGUCGCUGGGGCGGCGGGCGCGGCGCCUCCUGCAGGCUUUGCGGCUCCGGCUCCGGCCGCGGGCGCAGGUGUUUUGGCACCGGCCGAAAGGGCCGCGAUGCCGUCAUCCAGUGCCUUGCUGAUCAUGUCGGUACUCUGCCCGGCGAUGGGCCUCGCGAUGGCGGGCACCUUGCUCAGCAGGGCCUCGCUGAGGCCGCCGCUGUCGGUCUUCUGCUGCUGCAGGGUCAUCAGGGCGAUCGGGGUCACGCCGAGCAUGUCGAGCACGGGCUUCUUGGCCGUGAGGUCGCCGAUGGUGGUCUGCACCUGCGUGGCGAGGUCGGUUCCCGUCUGCUGCAGGCCCAGGGAGCCGAACAACCCCAGGUCGUCGGCGGCGUUGAUCUUGGUGGCUGCGCCGGAGAGGGCCUUGGACGCCGCCUGUGACGUGCUCAGGAUGGGCGCGGCGGUGUUUGGGUCUGUCGUCAGGCCUUUGAUGGCCGUGUCGAGAUCCUUGAGCGAUGACAUGACGGGUGCGAGGGCCGCCUUGAUCUUGUCGGCCUGGCGGCGCUCGAUAGGCACGGGGGCGGCCAUCACGGCUAUCGCGCCGGUGAGGGCAAGGAUGGAGAGGGACUUCAUAUCGACGGUGUGUUUGGUUAAAAGAUUAUAAUAGAAAGAAGCAAUACGCUAGCGACCUGCGCAAGUAGCUAUGUCGAGGGUAUUGUACUAAAAAAAACAAAAGUGAAGACUGAUGCGAAGGUAGUUGGUUAGUUUGUUGACAAGCUCACAAAUAUCGUAGGCUUCAUCACGGCGGCCACGAAAUCUUAUACAAGUUGAAGCAAGCGUGACACUGGGUCACUGGCACGCGACCCACACCCAGAACCACACAGGCACGCCGCAGAGGUGCAGAAAAGCAAGCCCUCGCAAGAGCAGCUCUUCUCCUCCUCCUUCCUGUUUCGGAAAACGAUGCAAGCUGCUGUGCUCUCGCUGGCAUGUCUUGGCCGCAGCACCCCUUCAGCCCUUCUGACCAAGGGGCUGGCCGUGCAGGGGCACGUAUCUCUGGUGUCCCCUCAAGUGCUCGAGCCAAGGGUGCCAGUGCGAGCCUGGCGGGGUGUCAUCUCGAAUUCUCAGAGGCGCGGUUGGUCGGGGCGUGUUUCCCUAGGGACGCCCCUGGCUGGGAACGCUGCUUGAGCGUCGUGUGUGUGGCCCUCUCCCUCAAAGGUGCGUUUCUCCCCUGGCCAUGCCAUUUAGGGUUGCGAUGCGAUCGCGGAAGAGGGUGGCAGCUUGUGGCAGGAAAAGUGGGGGUGGUUCUGGGCUGCGAGCCGCGUCGCUUCGCUCACCCGGAAGGGGACUAGGCCGACCUGUCAAACCCAGAACGGGGGGUUUCUGGAAAGAAGUCGAGGGAAAAGAGGCUUUUGUCG